AUGGGACGAAGAAGAGGAGGGACUCUGAAGAUUCUGUUCCUGUUGACACUCUGUCUGCAAGCCUUCACUGGUCAAUGCCAAGGUUCAGGGCAUCCCUCUGAUUUGAGGAUUGUUCUGGUAGGGAAGACUGGAUCAGGGAAGAGCGCAACAGGAAACACCAUCCUGAGGACGGAGGGAUUUAAAGAAGACUUCUCCCCUGAGUCUGUGACUGAUCACUGUGAGAAACUGAGUGGAGAGGUGAAUGGGAGGAAGAUUGAUGUCAUCGACACCCCGGGGCUCUAUGACACAACAAUGUCUAAAGAAGAGAUGAAAAGUGAAAUAGAAAAGGCCAUCUACAUGUCAGUUCCAGGACCCCACGCCUUCCUGCUGGUGAUCAGACUGGGGAGGUUCACAGAGGAGGAGAGGAACACUGUGAAGUGGAUCCAGGAGAACUUUGGAGAAGAAGCCUCAAAGUACACCAUCAUUCUGUUCACCGGUGGAGACCAGCUGGAGGACAAAUCGAUGGUGGACUUUCUAAGUGAGAGUGAGGAGCUUAUGAAACUCGUCAAAGUCUUUAAGGGAAGAAAUCAUGUCUUCAAUAAUAAAAAGAAGAAUGACAACACUCAGGUCACAGAGCUGCUGAAGAAGAUAGAUGAGAUGGUGAUGAAGAAUGGAGGACAACACUACACCAACGAGAUGUACCAGGAGGUUCAGAGGAAGAUCAAAGAAGAGGAGGAGAGGAAGAAACAGGAAGAGGAGACGAGAGAACAGCAAGAGAGGGAGAAACUGGAGGGGGAGAUCAGGAAACGUAAAGAGAAGGUGAGAGAGGAGGAGAGGAAGAAACAGGAGGAGAUCAGGAAACAGGUAGAUGAAGCGAGAGAGGAGGAGAGGAAGAAACAGGAAGAGGAGAAGAGAGAGGUAGACGAAGCGAGAGAGGAGGAAAGGAAGAACCAGGAGGAGAUCAGGAAACAGGUAGACGAAGCGAGAGAGGAGGAAAGGAAGAACCAGGAGGAGAGACAAGAGGAGAUGAGGAAGAAGAAGUCAAAGGACCGAUGGGGAAAAGUUGUGGGAUUGAUGGUGGAGGGGAAUGGAGGACAGUACUACACCAGUGAGAUGAUAGAUGAGAUGGUGGAGAGGAAUGGAGGACAGUACUACACCAGUGAGAUGAUAGAUGAGAUGGUGGAGAGGAAUGGAGGACAGUACUACACCAGUGAGAUGAUAGAGGAGAUGGUGGAGGGGAAUGGAGGACAGUACUACACCAGUGGGAUGAUAGAGGUGAUGGUGGAGGGGAAUGGAGGACAUCCUCUGCCUUGUGCAUUUAUCUUAAAAUAUUAUUACAAAAUCAAUCAUUUCUUGUCUGUUUCCACAGUUUCAGGGCAGCCCUCUAACCUGAGGAUAGUUCUGCUGGGGAAGACUGGAGCAGGGAAGAGUGCAACAGGAAAUACCAUCCUGGGGACAGAGGUGUUUAAAGCGGAGGAUUCUCCAGUGUCUGUGACUGCUCAGUGUAAGAAACAGAGUGGGGAGGUGGAUGGGAGGAAGAUUGAUGUCAUCGACACCCCGGGGCUCUAUGACACAAAACUGUCUGAAGAAGAGAUGGAAAGUGAAAUAGUCAGGUGUAUAGAACAGUCAGUCCCAGGACCCCACGCCUUCCUGCUGGUGAUCAGACUGGGGAGGUUCACAGAGGAGGAGCAGAACACUGUGAAGUGGAUCCAGGACAACUUUGGAGAAGAAGCCUCAAUGUACACCAUCUUGCUGUUCACACAUGGAGAUCAACUGAAGGGAAAAUCAGUGGAGGAGUUUCUGGCUGAGAGCAAAGAGCUACGGAAACUCAUCAAUAUCUGUGGGGGCAGAUAUCACUCCCUAAUCAAUGACAAGAGAAAAGACAACACUCAGGUCCCAGAGCUGCUGAAGAAAAUAGAGGAGAUGGUGGAGAAGAAUGGAGGACAACCCUAUACCAAUGAGAUGUACCAGGAGGCCCAGAGGAAGAUCGAAGAGGAGGAGGAGAGGAAGAGACAGGAAGAGGCGAAGAGAGAGAGAGAGAGGAGACAAGAAGAGGAAGAAAGAAGAAGAAGAGAAGAAAAAUUGAAUGACUGCAAGUGGUCAGCACUUGCCAGUACGGCUGCAUUGGGGUUGGGAGCCAUGUUCAGCUCUCCAUGGUCGUUAGCAGCAGGGGCUGCAUUAGCCGCUCUAAAAGGUUAUCAGUGCAUGGGCACCUAUUUCACCUCAGGUAGUUCCAACUCAGAAGACCAGAAGGAAUAA